AUGCCACAACUGCUUGUAUUAGCAUUUGCUACUCGCGACCCAUUCUCCUUGCCAGCCAAGCGCCUGUGGUGCUGUCUUUCUCGGCAGCCAGGAAUCGACGAGACGAUGGUGAGAUUCGCUUUCCGUCCACCUCGCCUCAUUUGUCUGCCUAGAAUUGCAGCCACUACCCCCGUCUCCAUGAUGCCGACCACCAGGCUUUCCCCGGAGCCCGGGGCUGGGUAUGAAGUCGGCCAUCUUCGCUCAGGACUGCCUAGAGAGGGCCUGGUUGGAGGCUCUGUCAAGAACAGUGGCGGAACGGGUCAAGAGGCUGACGAUGUAGAAGCCGAAAUGCAAUUGACCAAUUCCCAGUUGCCCCUGGCUAGUAUUGCCGAUCGAACGGGGCUAGUGAAACUGACGGGAGGCCCGAACUUAUUAUCACCAGCCGCUUCUAAUCUGCCUGGUAUAAAUGCACAAGACUUGGGGGAUUCAACCGGCCUUUUGAAGUCAAAUUUGCUUAUUGAUGAUACUAUUCGUCUAUUGCACAAAGAACACGAUCCCUUGGUUACCAUGUGUCUCAAUCAAGUAAUAUAGAGAAAUAUGACCCAUUAUCGAGAUCCGGUUGCUACAAGAUUGUUUGCUCAUGUGGUUGAUGUUAUGUUGGUGAGACAUGCCGACCUAUUCGACAAAGAUUGGUGGAACAUAAAAAUGCUUGCAAAGGUAGCUGGAUCCACCAGUCAGAAGUGGCCGAACACAUCGACCCAAAAGGAAAUUAUUGAGUUGGAUGUCAGCAACCUUGUUCAUCCGCCAAGCUGGAUUCAUGACGAGCUUGACUAUGACAUUGAAAUAAUGCGCAGACCACAGCCCCGCUUUCACCCUGACGGUGGAACCGACGACUUUUUUCUUUUUGAGGACUCUCGUUCAUCCACAGGAGGUACUGGCCUAACUUCUGGCCUCAUGGGAACACGUGAUACGACAGGCUCGGCUGGAGGUACGACAGGCACCACUAGCGGCACUGGAGGAGGAGUCAGUCAGACAGCUACUUCCGGGGCUCAGUUGGUCUCCUUACCUUGUUUACCACAAAUUAUGAAUUUAUUUUUCUGCUAUUAUGAAUUCCCGACCCGUUUUACUCCUCGUUCAUCUUCUGCAACCAGCUACGUGGUCUCGCUUUGUCCGCCAUUCAGAGUCAGAGUAUCCAGUUAUCUGGACAAGCGCUCGAACGGAGCCGGCGUACAGUCUCUACGGUGA